UGUCUACCUAGUGAACAUUUUUUUUUGAUCCUUGAACUGAAUAAGAGACAACACACGCCACAAAUUUUAACUUAUAUUGUUGACAUACUCCUGUGGCAUUUAUUAUUACGUACAUAUAGCCCAGCACGCAACCAUCCGGCUGCUACGGAAUUGUAAGAAAUCGUCCACAAUUCAUAAAUAAUUGUACCUACAUGACCAAGAUGGCGUCACCAAGGUGGGCUGCAUUGGCGCGGGACACAAACGAGACCAAAGUGAAGCUGGCAUUGAGCAUAGACGGCGGCGACCUACCACCCGACACUCACCCCAGUCUGCUGGAGGCUGCUUCCUCUGGCCAUGCAUCCCAAUCAAGCAGCUCUCAGAAAAUCAGCAUAAACACGGGCAUCGGCUUCUUAGACCAUAUGCUACACGCUUUUGCAAAACACGCUGGCUGGAGUCUUCUGCUCACCUGUCAAGGUGACUUACACAUCGAUGACCACCACACCGCAGAAGAUGUGUGCAUUGCCCUGGGUGACGCUUUCAAGACGGCCCUAGGCAGUGCCGCUGGCAUCGCGCGCUUCGGCUUCGCCUACUGCCCCCUGGAUGAGGCUCUCUCGCGGGCCGUGGUUGACGUCUCGAACCGGCCCUUUGCCGUGGUGGAACUCGGCCUGCGCCGCGAGAAGAUCGGCGACCUGUCUUGCGAGAUGAUCCCGCACUGCAUCAUGAGCUUCGCCACGGCCGCGCGCCUGACCAUCCACGUCGACUGUAUCCGCGGCGAGAAUGACCAUCACCGCGCCGAGAGCGCCUUCAAGGCCCUCGCCGUCGCCGUGCGCACCGCCGUCGGCAAGGUCGCGGGCAGGGAGGGCGAGGUGCCCAGCACCAAGGGCACGUUGAGCGUCUAGGCGGGUCGGCGGGACGCUUGGGAUGGCUGUUGGAGUGGUGUGUCAAUGGCGGGCCUGGCUGCCAGGGCGGUUCUCUCGCCUUGAGGUUGUUGCCGUCGCCCUGAGGCUGACGUGAUUUUCAGCCAACUGGCAUCCUGGCCUCGAUCGUGCUCGUAUCUGUCUUGGGGCAGGGUAGACGGAAUGAAGCGAUAGCCGAUACAACUUUUUGCCGAAUCGUCGAGACAGGAUGGAGAUUGGACAGAACCUCCUCUGCUAGAGCUGAUUGAUCUUGAGAAAACCUCGGGCUGCAGAACCCCUGCUGACACAAUUGUCAUGAUUUUGGCAACACAUGAUGUUGUUAGCUUGCAUGAGCCCACCGAAGCCUAGGAAAUAUUCUGUCCUUGCUGUGUGCGUUCAGCAGUUCCCUGCGGUUUGCACAAAUUCCCUCGUACUUUAUCAACUCCAUUAUGUCAACAACAAUCAGGAUAAAUGUUCUGUUCCCAAUAGAAAAUAGAUAGCCAGCGACAACCACUACAAAUAGAUACUGCGAUUAUCAUCGUAUAAGGUGACAAAUACGAGCCGAUCUGAAGGGAUUGAUAAAGGAAAGCCAAUCGUACAUUUUGAGUCUGGUAGUAGUCUAGCCAAUCAAAUGGUG